GUCUACACCAGACAACCCUUCCUGUGAAGCAAGGCUAGCAAGCGAAACUAAAUCUCAUGGAUAGGAAAGUAAAUCGAAACCUAGUUCAAUCUAGCUAUUUGCACAACGUGCUCUUCAUUUAAAACUGUGCAGGACAUUUCUCUAAGACCAUCAACAAUGACGUCUUGGAACUCAUCUUUCUCUUCAAUACUACUGAUGCUUUGUAUAAUUGUUGCAGCUAUUUCAGUAGGAAUUCAGUGGCCAAAUGUCAGGAUCUUCAAGCAACAAAAACAGGAUUUGGAUGAUAUAGUGCAUCAUCCAGGCGAGCCACUCCGGAUUCUUUUGGUUGGAAAAACAGGUGUGGGGAAAAGCACAACAGGCAACGUCAUCCUGGGACAAAAGGUUUUUAAAUCAGAGAUAUCACCCUCCUCUGUGACUGGACAAUGUGAAAAAUUUAAUGCAAUUAUAAAUAGCAGAAAUGUAUCAGUCAUUGACUCUCCAGGUCUGUUUGACACCAGCCUAACUACAGAGGAAGUGGUCAACAGAAUUAAACGUUGUAUCCCUCUCUCUGCUCCUGGUCCACAUGUCGUCUUAGUUGUGAUUCAGCUGGGCAGAUUCACAGAUGAAGAAGCAGAAGCUGUUAGAAUCAUUCAAACAGUUUUUGGUGAGGAAUCCUCCAAUUACACCAUGGCACUGUUCACUCAUGGAGAUCGACUGGAGGACAAAAACAUUCACACAUUUGUGCGGGACAACCCAAAACUGCUCAGUUUCAUCAAAACAUGCAGCGGACGAUACCAUGUGUUCAACAAUCAAGAACAAAAUCCUGAACAAGUCAAUCAGUUGUUCGACCAGAUUGAUAAAAUGGUCACUGGGAACGGUGGUCAACAUUACACCAGUGAGAUGCUUGAAAGGGCUGAGAGAGAGAUUGAGGAAGAGAAACAAUGUAUCCUGAAGGAGACUGAGGAGCAGAAACAGAGGGAGAUAGAAGCUCUAAGGGCUCAACUUGAAGAUGAGGCCUAUGAAAAAGCAUUAAAAAAGUUAAACAAUAAUAAAUGACCAGUUGGCAAGAUACCAAGCUCAGAAUGAUCUUCCAUUCUUAAUCCAAGGGGUCAGUUUUUUGAUUAAGGCAUUAAGCAAAUUCUUAUAUUGAUCACCUUCUGAUGUGACCCAUGUGAAAACUCACUGAGUGUUUCUACUGAAAAACUAAAUUAACUGCAGAAGGCAUUUCAAAUCUCAAGAUGAAUAGUUAAAUAGUCAAGUCAUUAAAAAAUAGAAUUAAAGCACGUUUACCUCCUGGUGAAUGGGACAUAAGAAAGUUUAACUGUGAAAAGAUGAACAUGAAAUGUCUGAUAAAUGUGUAUCUUUGUAGUACAAACUUGUUUGUAUAUGAAGUAGAAGUGUGUAUUUGAAGGUUGGAAAACUCCACACACAGUAAAUUCCCUGGUGUUAAAUCAACACUGCAUGGUGUACAUUUGGGAAACAUAUGUACACAAAGUGGUGUUGAUUUAACACUGAGAAAUUUACUGUGCAUAACAGGCAUCCAGACUUUCAUGAGCACCACAUCAAAAGUGAGUUUUAACUUCUAUCUAUAAUGAAUAAGGAAUAAUUUAUUUUGAAGUGAUAAACAUUUGCUUAAAGGACAAAAACAAGGACAUAUUGUUGCUGGUAAUAAUAACCACUAACUGUAAAUCCAGUGUUCAAAUCAGACAACAGAGAUUGGGAGAACUGGAAAAAAAAAAGAAGACAGAACAUGCACAGAGAGUAAAUGAUGUAUAAUCUUCGGUUUAUUUUGCCAAAGAUAAAAGUAAUAAGUGUUCAAAAGACAGCAUUAGUGCUGAAGAGGGGCUAGGAACACAUUACAAUUUUCAAGCACACAUUCAAGCACUUUUUUCCUGUCUAUAUCAAGAUUACAAUGGCAGUGACAGGAUUAUACAGCAAGAACAACAGUUUCUACCCCACUCUCUCAUGGGUUAUGUAGGACACUGAAGCAUCUCCUUCGAAACCAACAACAACUUUACAUCAUGGGUAUCACCCUCCUUUAUUACACUGUUAGUACUUGGCAUUGGUUUUACUGCUACAAUAGUGGUGCAUUUAUGUAUUUGAAAAUUCUUGUUUUGUGCAAGUCACAAUAAAAGCACUUCAUUUUGGCCUUCAUUUAAACUUAAGAAUAGUUAGCUUUUGACUUGAAGGUAUUAUAUAAUUUCAGUCUACAACUGCUGUAUUGUACAGUAUGAAAAUGUACAAGUGUAGAUUAUAUACUUUUCCUUAUCCUUAUAAAUGUUGAACUAAAGAGAGAUUAUAAUUUAAAAUGGUACAAAAGCUGUCACUGGGGCAGUGCCUUUUCAAAAGGUACUAAUAUGUAAUAUUUAGGUUCUAAUAUUUAAACUUUAUGUAUUAAUCUGGAUCUUUAAGCUACUAAUAUGCGCCAUUUAGAGAUAAAGAAAGUACAAAAGUGUACCUUUUUUAAAAAAAGCCGCACCUCACGGAUAUGCUGUUUUCCAUCAAAUCAAAGCGUAAAUACACGUAGAAGACGUAUCCGUGCAGUGCGGCUGACACAGAAGAGCGUGCGCAGUUUGCGUCCAGUAAAACAUAAAACAAUAGUCUACCAUACACACCCAGAAUUUGAAUGCCUUCUCAAACAGACAAUUGCUGUGUCCCAAAUUGCUCAUUCGUUCAUUACUGCUUAUUUAGUAAAUGUUUUGUAACAUUUUACAUGCAGGAGAAAAGGGAAAAAGUGAGCGAAUUCCAACAUCAUGUAAAUUGAGAAAUAUAUUUGUACUAUACAUGUACCUUACUUUGCGAAACUGAAUAUGCUGUCAUCUCUCUGUGCUUUUGUCUCUUUUGUUGUAUGAGUCAGUGCUUGACUUCUAUAUAUUAGGGCUGGUACAGUACAUGCUGGUGAGCAUCUGUGUGCUCUUUUUGUGGGAGAACACUGCCACCUUAAUAAAAGUAAAAUCAUCA